AUGUCAGACAAUCAGGCUACGGUUCCUGCGGAAGACACUAGUGCCAAACAGGCUAAACAACAGAAGCUACCGAAACCGUCCAAACCGGUGAAACAGCAGAAACCGUUGAAACAACAGAAAACAGUCGCUAAAAAGGAUGCGACUGAAGCAAGAGGUACCACCUCGACUUCAACAGAUGCCGCAGGUUCAAAUACAGGUAAAAAACAACAGACCAGUACUAAUCCACCAUCUGGUACACCAAGCAAGCAAGCAGGUCAGUUCUCGGCUUCUGAUCUGAAUAGAAUCGUGUUGGAGUAUUUGAAUAAAAAAGGUUAUCAUCAAACUGAAGCACUCUUGAGGCAAGAGAGUUUGGGCAACAAUAAAAGUAAACCAACAGUGGAGAAAGCUAAAGAAGAGAAGAGAAAAGAAAAGGAGAAAGAGAAAGAAAAAGAAAAAUUGGAACAGGCAAAGAAGAGAGAUGUAGAUGGUAAUAUCAUAUCUUAUGAACAGAUAAAACAAGAAACUUCUCCAGAGAGUUACAUCAGGGCCUAUAGAUUAUUGAAAGAAUGGGUGGAUUCAUCGUUGGAAAUGUACAAAUCGGAUCUGGAUCAAAUACUAUACCCAGUCUUUAUUUAUAUCUUCUUGAAAAUAGUGUCAAAAUCACCAAUUCAUGCUCGUGGAUUCUUCGAUAAGUAUUCUUCUGAUUUUAGAGCUUUCCAUAGCACAGAGAUAAAUAGACUGUUUAGUGUUAACUCACAAGAUCACAUAAAGGAAAAUGAAAUAGCAAACGCCUUUCACUCAAAUAGAUACAGAGUGACUCUCACAAAGACGACAGUAAAUCUAUUACUGUUCUAUCUGAAUGAUAACGUCAAUAUAGGUGGUUCUUUAAUUAUCAGUAUUUUGAAUGAGUAUAUGGAAUUAAAUAUCGUUGAAACAGUCACAUCUAAGGAAAGGUUACAAGAUGGUAUCAAAUUAAUUUCAGAAAAUGAUAGAUCAAACAUCAACUACGAAAUAAAUUCAACACCUGUCAAAUUAGGCAAAUUACCACAAGAUGAAGAAUUUAUCAAAGAGAUAGAGACGGAGUUGAAAAUCUUAGAUGAAAAAGAAAAACAGAAUAUUGUAAACACUGCAGAAAAUAAUAAACCAUUACCUCCCAUUACUUUACUAGAAGAGUUUCGUGGUCUACUCAGUCGAUCAUAUGUCGAUUAUUUUGGUAAAAAGAAUAAAGGAUCGAACAUAGGAAGUGAAAUAAGUGAGAAAAAAUCUGCAUCAAGAUCAGUUGACAUUCAGUCUCCUUCAAUCGAAGUUCUACCAUUACCUCCUAAGAAUGCAUUAGAUUUAAAAAUUGAAAUACAAAAAGUUAAGGAAUAUCGUGACUAUGUUCCACUUUAUGAUCUAAAGACAGCACUACCAAGUGUAUGUAUGUUUACUUUUCUAAACACAAACAACGAAAUGUUAUCGUUAAGUUACAGUAAUGACUGUAGAUUAGCAGCAGCCGGUUUUAAAGACAGUUAUAUUAAGGUUUGGUCUUUAGACGGUACUACGCUAGAAAGUAAAGCUACUAAAAUACAACCAUCCAAAUCCCAAGCAGCUCUAAGAGCUGGAUUAGAUAAUAAAAUUAAUGAGAAAACUAGAUCUCAAGAAACUCCCAUCACUACUGUUAAACUAGUAGGACACAGCGGUGCUAUUUACUCAACAAGUUUCAGUCCGGAUAACAAACUAUUGGUUUCCGCAUCAGAGGACAAAACUAUACGAUUAUGGUCGAUGGAUACGCGCACAACAUUAGUCACAUAUAAAGGUCACAAUCACCCUGUCUGGGAUGUUCAAUUCUCACCAGUAGGGCAUUAUUUUGCCACUGCAUCUCACGAUCAAACAGCUAGGUUAUGGUCUUGUGACCAUAUAUUUCCAUUAAGAAUUUUCUCCGGUCAUAUAAGUGACGUGGAUUGUGUUACCUUCCAUCCUAACGGAUGUUAUAUAUUCACCGGUUCUAGUGACAAAACAUGUAGAAUGUGGGAUAUCACCACUGGUGAAUCUGUACGUUUAUUUAUUGGACAUACAGCUCCAAUUCUAUCAGUUGCUGUUGCACCAGACGGGCUAAGAUUAGCCACUGGUAGUGAAGAUGGUGUCAUACAUAUAUGGGAUAUUGGUACUGGUAAGAGUCUAAAGAAAUUAAUUGGACAUGGUAAGAGCGCUGUCAAUUCCUUAUCGUACAACAAAGAGAGCAACAUUCUUGUGAGCGGCGGUUCUGAUAAUUCUGUCCGUAUCUGGGAUUUAACGGUUGAAAACAAUGAGAACAGUUUCAAUAAUGAAGCGGAGUCUGGUUUGAACCAGCCUAUCAUUGGGUACUCGGGCAGACAGCUUCCUUCGGUUACGCAAGAUAUGAAAGAAUUCGGUAAGAACAACUCGGUCGUUCCAACCACUGAUCUGGUGGUAAGUUUCUACACGAAGAAAACUCCAAUCUACAAAACCCAAUUCACUAGAAGUAACAUUGUGUUUGCAGGAGGUGCAUUAAGGGAUUGA